CCCACAGUAUCAGUCUCUCCUCUGCGAAUCGUCGAAACGGAAGGAAAAUCGUUUUAAUACGCUGUGAUCUGUGUUGCGUGUUCAACUUGAGUUUUACUUCGUUGUUAUCUUUUCAAUUUCACUUGGAUGUGCAAUUGCCGACGCUAAAAAUACGUACUACAAACAAAAAAUAAGAGUAUCGGGAGGCGCUCAGUUUAAAUAAUUAAAACAAAAUAAAAACGCCACGUUCUCGCGUUCUACAAAACUCUCCCAUAAAACGCUCGAGCAGCCCAUUACAUAUCGCUCCGCAUGGCAACAAUCCCAACCAUUCCAAUGAUCUGAAGUGACACAACUGUUUUAAUCGAAAUAAACGUGCGUUAGUUCUCACGAAGAGCUAAUAAACCAAUCGAAUAGAGAGUGAAAUCCGGAAAAAGUUAUAUACACCUUACUCUGUGCGUUUCCAAUGUAGCCCUUCAUGGAUAAUUAACACGAAAUCGUUGUGUGACUAUAUAGCAAUAUCGUGUUAAAGCCAAUUUCGCAGUGGCUGAAUACAGCAGCGAUCCAACAAAUAGUGCCCCCCAAUCAUCUGAAUACCCCAGCGAAUUUCUCUCAUUUGUCAGCGCGGAAUUUGCCUGAGUCACGAGCCAUUUCAAUUUUCCGUUCUUCAAAUGGGUUGACUUGUGACAUUGCAGCUUCCUGGACCCGGGAAACAAAAGGGAUACAAAUUGAACCUCAAAAGACAUAGCCAAGCUCCACAAACCCACCGCCAACAACCGAAACCCACUGAAAGUCAAUAGUUAACCACAUACAUAACCACCUGGAAACCGUUGUAAUCUCUGCUUGAAAGCAGCGCACCACCCAUGAACCACUCGGCCAGAGCGCUCAACAGCGUGGCCACCGAGACUAGCACCUCCUCCUGCACCAUCACCAUCCACAUCCAUCCACAGAACCACCUGCACACUGGCCACCUGAUCGUCCACCGCCUUGGACACUCCUACGCCGCCCGUGCGGAUCACAAUUAUUCGGGUUAA